AUGCGGCAGUUCAGUGCGUCUCGCAAACGCCACAAACAGCCGCAGGGCCUCAAAUUGGCCUUAGGCCAGUUCGCCAUGACAUCAGCACUUGCUGCUCCAUGGCCACGUAGUCUUCCUCCUCGGAAUCGAUUUAUGGUGAAAUACUGCAAAUGUCCGCAGCUUGCGCUUGGACAAAGACUUCUGACGCAAAGCUGGAACAUACCGGAUGGGCCCGUGCGAUCGUGGGUUUUUGCAUCGGAUUUGAAGUAUUCAGGUAAUUAA